CUCGGCCACCACCCGUCUUGUUGAAAAUCUUCCUUCCUCCAAACCUUGAUUGUAGCACACUCACAUCUACAUCUGUCCUCAUUUCUGACUCUGAUCAGUAUGACUGGUGGUCAUAAAGUCGGGGAAUCCGAGGGGCUAUUAUAUCCAGCAUUCAUUCGGGACCAAGGAAACAUUUACAAACCCAAUAAUAAAGUCAUGGACAGCGACAGCCUGAACGAGAAGACUCACCACGAUGUCCACACCAAGGAGAUCGAUUUGGUCAACCGAGAUCCCAAGCAUCUCAACGACGACGUAGUAAAGGUGGAUUUUGAAGAUGUGAUUGCAGAACCUGAAGGUACCCACAGUUUUGAUGGCAUCUGGAAGGCGAGUUUUACCACCUUCACUGUUUCCAAAUAUUGGUGCUACCGCCUGCUCACAAUACUCGUUGGGAUCCCUUUGGCUCUGGUGUGGGGAAUAUACUUUGCCAUCCUGUCCUUCAUCCACAUAUGGGUGGUGGUACCAUGUGUGAAGAGCUACCUGAUUGAUAUUCAGUGCAUUAGCAGAGUUUACUCCAUUUGCAUCCACACAUUCUGCGACCCUUUCUUUGAAGCCAUGGGGAAGGUAUUCAGCAGCAUCCGUGUCGCCAUGAACAAGCAAGUGUAAUGAGUCCCUAUCCAUCCUUGAAGUGGAAAGGACAAGGGCACACUUACCAGCCAACCGGGAUUUGAGGAUGCAACAAGCUCACUAUGGCUUUCCAGUGAGAAUUAAAUGAACAAUGGCACCUGAAAUUGGAAAAAAAAUAGCUUAAUCAGAUUGUAUUAUGUCGUUUAUUACUGCCGACCUGUGUUCUCCUGGGCAGUCUGCACUGUGAGACUGUGCUCAGUUUUUAUUCACUCAUUCCGUCAUUUUACAAUGUGCAAAAAGCUGUUUGUUGUUUAAUAGUUGUUAUAUCUGACCAAAAAUUUUAAAAAAUGCUACGUUCACUUUGAUAGCUUACUCGUGAGAGUCAUUUUGCUGCUGUUAGCAAAAAAUUAUGUCAUGGCAGACUGGCAGCUUUGAGCAGAAUGUUCUUCUACCUGUGUUGUGUUGCCAGCUCUGCCGCAAGCUUUUAUAUCUAUUCAUUACUGAGUUAGCAUGUGCCCCUUUCAGGAUUGUUUAAAAUCUGUUAUGCUGUAAAACUUAUAUGUGUUACAGAUUUAUGAAAAUGUCUGAAGAUAUGUGCACAAGUCCUCCAAUGAUGGUUAAAACACAUCUGUGACCUAGUAGAGAAAAAUAGGAAAUAUCAAGCUAUAGUAAAUAGCUAACAUUUAUCUAACCCUCCUGUAUUUCACUGGUAGCUGUAGUUUACUUUUUAACUAUAACACUACUAAAACAUACAGUAUAUAACAAAUAUGUGCAUAUAUAUAUAUAUAUAUAUAUAUAUAUAUAUAUAUAUAUAUAUAUAUGCCAAUAUAUAUAUAUAUAUAUAUAUAUAUAUAUAGGGUGGCACGGUGGUACAGUGAUGAGUACUGCUCCUGAGCUUUGGUUUGAAUUUUGGCCUAUUCACUACCUAUUUAGAGUUUGCAGGUUCUCCCUGUAAGGAUUUGGAAUGGUUAGGGUUAGGGUUAGGGUUAAUUGGGGACUCUAAACUGACCAUUGUCAAUGACUGUAGAAGUGCAUGUGACUGUGUUCUGUAAUGGACUUAUGUCCCACCCCAGGGCUGGUUCCUGCUUUAGGCCUUCCUGGCUCUGUUAGAAGACACUCAGGCUUUCCCCGAUUGUCUAACGGGAGUACUGAAAAUGAAUGCACAAAUAAAUAUCUAGUGACAGAUUGUCCUUAUGGCAAUGCUAGGUAGGACAUGACAUACUUUAUUUAAAACAAUAUCAAGCGAACAGCAUUUUCAACGGGUGAUUCAUGUGUGCACGUAAUAAAAAGCACAGAUAGUAAAGAAAGAAAUGAGUACUGCUUACCUCUAGCUAUAUGAAUAAAAUCUGCCUGGUAUGCUGAGUAGGUUGACAAUGAUAAAUGUCUUUAAAUGAACUUUCUCAAAUUAACUCAUAUCCAGGAACUGUACAUCCAUUACUCUUCUGUAGACCAAAUCCAAGUGUGCCUGUUUUCACUGUCUUUGUUUGGGAUCACUUGGUUUUGUGUCCUCAAAUAAUAGGUUAUUCUAAAAUGUCAUCCCUUCAGUUCCACUUAUCUUUCACUUUUAAACACUUAGGGACAUAACAGAGCCCCUUAGUAUCCAUCCUGUGCCCAUAAGGACAGAAAUACCAAAGAAGCUCCUACGUGAUUUUAUCUGCGUGCAUCCAUUAACUCAGGACUCCCUCAUUAAACCCUUGAUGGGUCUUAACAUAUUAUUUGUCUAACUCUCCACAACGGAGAUGCUCAUACUGGAUUUUGGAAUGUUCUCCUUUCAAAAGAGAAGCUUUUCAUCUAUUACUGGUGACAUCUGUACCACUAACCAAACUCCUUCCCUCUUGUUGUUCUCUCUGUACCUUUUUCUCAGUGAGACUGUCUUUCAGCAAGUGACACAAGCCUUAUAUAUUUACUACUUAACCUGUAAAACAGUUAUCGUUUCUCACAGAAAACCUUUAUUUGGUAACUCACAAGGCCUGUUACAUAUUAUCCAGUUUAGAAAUUGGACUCCUGCUUGGUCCAAUGACAAGAACGUGCCACAACAUUAAUUCUCUGGUUCUCUCUUGAAGGAUUGCACUCUACUGUAAAUGAAUCUGUAAACUGAAUGCAAACUUUAAGAUAUCUUGUCAGUGACUGCAGAUGAUCAUAAAAACUAACAUAUAGUUGGACAUUAGUGAAAAUAAAAAUGUGUGAACAGGCCGGGUGGACUUGAAAGUGCACCCUUAGAGUCACAAAGACUCCAAGUCCAAGAACAUCAUCUGAUAGUGUUUAAUGGUGGUGCCAGUAAAGAUGAGCAUACAUUUACAUUAAGUAAACUGUUGAACCGAUACCUAUAUAUGCAUAUAGAAUAUAGCUUAAUCUUUUGUAAUA